AAACUUCUUAAAGACGGGAUGCACUGGCUGCCUGCGUGGGAGAGCAGAAGUACAACAGGAGCUUUCUGCCCAGCUGGCACAACAGACAUACAAACAGAAAUAACAAUCACCUGGAAACAAAUUCAGUAACGUAUUCAUUAAAACAACAUCCACCUUUCAGCUAUAAAAACUUUGUAUCAAAGCAGCACUAGAGAAACAAAGGAAACUUAAUCACGUAAGAUCGGAAACAAAUACUGACAGGUGAAGAACAGAAGCUUAACUACCACAGGUGGCUGGCUGUACAAAAGAAAAUCCUGUUUGUAUUCUCGUCUCCUAGCACUUGGCACCUGUAAACACCCAAAGGAGCCUGUCUGCUGUCGCCAUUGCAACUGGAGCAAAGUUACCACUCUUGGAAAAAAUCGUCUACAGCCCAACUGAAAACCGGGGAGGAAAUAGUAACUUUCUUCAGUAACUUCACCAUAUAAUCGGUGAAGAAAAUUUCUUUGAAAAGAAAGCUUGCAUUAUCACUAAAGUGGAAACUCUGAACCUGUCCUAACAAGCCAGUGAAGGAAAUCAGAUUGACUAUUACCCUGAGCUGGAGCUGCUGAGAUGGACCGUCAACUAUAUAGCACAUGAACAGGGAGAUUUUUCAAUAGAACAUGAAUCCAGGAGAGAAAAAGAUUUUCCAAGAGUAUCUGACAAGUCAGGGGACUGUGGUAAAGCCCUAUUGCUGGCAGAGACAGAACCACAACUGUGCUAAAUGUCCCUACCACAUACGAACUGGUGAAGAAGCAAGAGUUCCUCAUGCAGAAUUUCACAGGGUCUUUGGCUUCCCAUACAGAUCAACAGCAACUCUCCAAAACAAACACCUUCUCUUCUAUGAACUGAGGAGUUUCUCAGGCACAGUAGUCCAAAAAGGCCAUGCUACAAACUGUACUGACCAAGACAACCAUCCAGAAUCUAUGCUGUUUGAGGUGGGAGGUUAUCUGGACGCAGUUACAGAUGCCUAUGAAAACAUCAGACACAUUAUCCUUUAUUCAAAUUACUCUCCUUGUAAUGAGGCUUACCACUGCUGCGUAAGUAAAAUCUACAAUUUCUUGCUGAGGUAUCCAGAAAUCACGCUCUGCAUCUAUUUCUCUCAGCUUUAUCACACUGAGGACGGUUUCCCCACUGCAGCGUGGAACCGUGAAGCUUUGUGGAGCCUCUCCAGCCUGUGGCCUCAGGUGACUCUGCAGAGACUGCCUGAGGGGACACGGCAUUAUCUCCUCUGCAAUUUUGUGUACAGCGUCCCAGGGUCAACGCUUUAUCACCCAACUCCCCCGUUAAACACCUCAGCAGAUCUACAAAAUACACAUCAAAAUAACUUAACGGGAAUGAAACUGUAUUUUAAGAAACCCUUUCCCCAAGGAAUGCAGAGAAAGCCUGCUGUGCAGCAGAAUUUAAAGGCCUUUUAUUCUCCUAGCCCAGCCUCCCAACAGCCUUCCCAAGCAAUGAAAGGCAGCCUCCUACCUCCCAUGUCUCAAAGCCACUUGGGACUUUUCCCAGGCAUGUUUCUGCCCUUUCAGAGGGAACAUCUAUCCCCCAGACCUAAAAAUAUCAUAAGGCAUUUAAAAAUGCCAAAGGAAUAAUUCAAUGAAACUUGUAAUUCUGAAGUGUUUCUAAGCAGCAGACACCUACUCUGAAGAUAAUACAAAAUGAACGGCUUUCAGACUGUAAAACUGAGAUCACAGAUGGCAAAAAAAAAUUCCCCACCAAUAAAGUCACCUAACUACAAAGGUUAACCCGCAGAAUAACUGUGGGUCUUAAAUAACUGAUUAAGAAGAUAACGUUCUUUUAUUUUAGUCCUAUGCUUUUGAAACAUAAACUCACGGCUGUAAACCCAAAACCUCAGUAUCUUCUGAUUACCUCCUGAGUUGUAUUUAUUUGUUGCCCUUAAGUCAAUUUCUACCAGAAAAAUGUAAACAGGCCACAAGCUACAAGCAUAACUACAGUCGGAUUAUAGCUUCCCAGCUCAGGCGACUUCGGCGGAACACAUGAGGUAUCCCAAAUUCCUCCUCUGUCAAGGAGGUGGUUCUGCAGGUAAGGCUGAUAUAUGAAUAAAGUUUUCCCGCUAGCUGUUUCCUUAAUAAUAGGGUUUAUAUACUUACGCAUAUGAGUGUGUGCAUUAUAUUUUUUUCCUAGGGCUGCUGGCUUGCAUUAAGAGGAAUCUCACAAAGCUGUGUGAUUUUCUAAUUGGUAAGAAAUAGCUUGUAGAAUAAUAUAUGUAACAGAGAUCUACAGAGUCCAAGUGUAACUUGAAAAAGAAAAAAAACGAAACCAAAACCUAUCAUUUAGAGCAGUGUUUUCGCUUUGUGACUCAAUGUAUUUGUUAUUACACUAAAGGUCUUAAAGAACGGGGCAACUGAAGUCAAGAACAUGUUUUUCCCCAGCAAACAGGUGUUCCUUCCCAGGGCGAAAAACUGGCUGUCAAGCUCCACCAGAGAGACCGCACAGCGCCGCCGGGAGACCGCACAGCGCCGCCAGGACUCCGCACAGUAUCGCCGGGCCGCCGCGCAACCGCCGCUUCA